GAGGGCCUGGCCGAGCCGCUGUGCUCCGAGGCCGUGCCCGCGGCGGCGGGGGGCCCCGCCGCGGCCAGCGCGGAGGAGGCCGAGCGCGGCGGCCUGCUGGCCACCGCCGCGCCUGGCCGCGCCCGGCCGGGCCUGCCGCGCCGGGGCCGCGUGCUCGGCACCGCGGCCGCGCUGUGUGCGGCGCUCGCGGCGGCGCUGGGCGCGGAGCAGUGGGCGCGGUCCCGCCACGCCGCCCGUGCGGAC